CUCUAUACAAUAUCAAAUUAUAUAAAGUGUUUUUAUUUUUAAAUAAUUAUAAAGAACAAUUGUGCAUAUUAAUAAUAUCAUGAUGUGAAUCAAUAAUGAAUAAAAAAAAUUGUGAAUUCUAAAAUUAAACAGUAUAAAAAUAUUAUGGUAAAAAGAGUAAAAAAAUUAAAGAAUUAGAGAAAAAAUAAAGAAAAACAAUUAAAUUUUAUCACGGGAAAAAUAUAUAAUUAGUAAUGAUGAGUUGCCGUUUCAUAAAAAUUACAUAUAGUUUUCUAACUGUAUAUUUUAGUAUAUUAUGUAAUAAUAAUUUUAUUAGAAUAUCAUCAGCUGAAAUUGCAGCGGAUCCAAAAUUUAGUGAACCAAUAGCAAAUGUAACAGUUGCUGUUGGACGUGAAGCAGUUUUAACAUGUCUUGUGCAAGAUUUAGGAUCAUUUAAGGUAGCAUGGUUACGAGUUGAUACCCAAACAAUAUUAACAAUACAAAAUCAUGUUAUAACGAAAAAUCAUCGUGUCGGUAUAACAUAUUCAGAGCAUAAAAUAUGGCAACUAAGGAUAAAGGAUAUAAGAGAAUCAGAUAAAGGAUGGUAUAUGUGUCAAAUAAAUACAGAUCCAAUGAAAAGUCAAACAGGAUAUUUGGAUGUCGUAGUACCACCGGAUAUCCUAGAUUAUCCAACUAGCACGGACAUGGUUGUUAGAGAAGGAAGUAAUGUAACGCUUAGAUGUGCCGCAAAUGGUUCACCCGAGCCAACAAUUACAUGGAGACGUGAAGGUGGUGAACCUAUUGAACUUCCAAAUGGUGAUUUUGUUUCAAGCGUUGAAGGACCAUAUUUAGUGAUACCAAGAGUAAAAAGACAACAUAUGGGCGCAUAUUUAUGUAUUGCAUCAAAUGGUGUACCACCAUCAGUUAGUAAAAGGAUAAUACUAAUUGUACAUUUUCCUCCGAUGAUAUUUGUUCAAAAUCAAUUAAUUGGAGCUGUCGAAGGUAAACAAACAAUGUUAGAAUGCCAAUCUGAAGCAUUUCCAAAAUCAAUAAAUUACUGGACAAGAGAAAAAGGUGAAAUUGUACCACCAGGUGGUCAAUUUACAACAAAUAUAACUGAACAUAGUGAUUACCGAGUAACAAUGAGACUUUUUAUAGCGCCAAUAACACAACAUGAAUUGGGAUCAUACCGAUGUGUUGCAAAGAAUUCAUUAGGCGAUACAGAUGGAACCAUAAAAUUAUAUAGAAUUCCAGUUAGCACUGUUAAUUCAUUGGAUGGUCAUGAUGGUCCAAAAAAGGGUAAAAAGAGGAUUAAAACUACAACAACUGAAGAAUAUCAUCAUAGGACAAAGAAUGUUGAUCCAUCUAAUAAUGAUGACUUAGAGAAUCCUGGAAAACGUAAAGAUAUUAUGCUCGGUGAUAAUGAUGACAAUAUUUAUGAUGCAACAUCAGCAGCUAGUAGUAAUUCAUUACGAUGGUCUACAAUAGGAAAAAAUCAUUUAGAAAUUUGGCAAAAACGGAUAAUUACAAAAACAAAUUUAUUUGGAAUUUUCAUAAUAACAGAAACUUUAUUAAAACUUUUAAUGUCAUCAAUUUCAUUAUCAUCAUUACAAUUAAAAUCAUUAUCAACUUCAUUUAUAAAAUUUUCAACAAUUACCUCUUCAUCAGCUAAAAGGAUAUCUAAAGAAGUUUUUUUAUUUCUGUCAUUAUUAAAUUUAAUAUAUUUAAGAAAGUUUCUAAAUAAGUUAGCGGAACAAUUUAUAAGAAGAGGAAUUUUUUUUUGGGCAAAAGCUAAUAACAGUUUGACAUAA